AUGUCCUUCAGAAGUUCCAGGUCAAAAUGCCCGGGACCUUCCCAGAAAAGGAGUCCUGGAUCCUCAAAAUCCAGGAGCCCGAGGCCAAGAAUAGCAAGCCCUGGAUCUCGGACAUCUUCCAGAGAACGAGGUGCUAAUACUGUGAGGUCCAGGACUCCUGAAAGAGCCCGAAAGAUCAUCAAAACAGGAGCCGUAGUGAUAGAUACAGGGACUGGGACCUGUAAAGCUGGGUUUGCAGGGCAACAGACCCCCCAGGCAGUUAUCGAGACGGUGGUUGGGUACCCCACAGAGAAAUCCAUGAGAACAAGAAGAGACCGACCAGAUACCUUUGUCGGGGAGUGCGCCCGGUUGGAGACCGACGUAGACAUCAUUUUGCCUCUCAAAAAUGGUGUCAUCGUUGACUGGGAAGCUCUGGAGGAUUUGUGGAGGCAUCUCUUCUACCACGAUCUCAAGGCCGCCCCAGAAGAACAUGCCCUGCUCCUGUCUGACCCUCCUCUCUGCCCAACGACCAACCGGGAGAAACUGGUGGAGGUAGUCUUUGAGUCCCUCAACUCUCCGGGGAUGUACGUGGCUUAUCAAUCCGUCCUCUCUGUCUACGCCCAUGGCAAAAUAAGCGGGCUGGUGGUCGACACUGGCUACUCUACGACGCACACCGUCCCAGUCCACCAAGGAUACAAUUUGCCCCACGCCGCAGAGAGGAUGGACAUUGCUGGGGCCAACAUGACGUCCUUCUUGAUGGACCUCCUGAGGGACAUGGGCCACGACUUUGACGAGCGAAUGCUUGCCAUUGUGGAUGACAUCAAGAAGAAGUGCUGCUAUGUGGCCCUUGAUUUCAAGGCGGAGUGGAACCGUCCCGAGGAAAAAUACAUGGUGGACUACCGGUUGCCGGAUGGCAGGAAAUGAACCUCAUGCCU